AUGGUUAGGAUUUACUUGUAUAUGGACAUGAUGCGCACGACAGAGCAUAUGAUAAAACCACGCUCUGGAAACCACAAGUACCUUACCACAACGUUCUCCAUAUUGAACCUCAACAACGCGAAGAUGCUGAUUAACUUCAAGAACAAGGGCUCUUUUACAAAUGGGAUUCGUCUCUGGAUCCACUCCGGCGAUGAGGGAAAGAAAUCUUUAUACAGUUAA